CCAGCUUUUGCGUCUUGCGUUUUACAUAAAUUCGUAGAUUGCGAUACGUGGGUAAAAUUCUUGCAAAAAUGGGAAGCACGUUUCUCAGAAUUAUAAAAAAUACAAUGCAAAUAUUCGUAGAAGUUUACAAAGAAUUCUUGUUGGAGUCAACGAUAGGUGGACUUAAGUAUAUGAUUUUAGCAAAAACAAAAUUAGAGAGAUUUAUCUGGAUGAUUAUUCUACUAUUGUCCUUCUUUGCUGCUGGACGGUUGACUUGUUUAUUAUACUACAGACAUCAGAUCGGUAGUAUAAAUACUUUUGUAAUUACUACUCAAUAUUCGACAUCCAUGCUGGAGCUACCUGCGUUAACUCUGUGCCACGGCGGUAUCGCAAUGGCACACAAGAUGAAUCCUUUCUUGACAUCACAGAAACGAAUGUAAAUUUGCAACUCAAUAACUAUUCUGCUUAGUGCAUCAAUACUUUAUACUGAUGUAUAAGAAACGAAGCUAUUUUAGAUUCAUGCCGCGAGGGCUGACGCGUGCUGACUUCGAGGAAUCCAUCAAGUACUUACGGGAGGCAGUCUACUCUACAAAUUCUUUUCCUGAUGAAAUAGACAA